UGCUUCAUAACCUGAGGCUGCCACUGCCUCUGUAGAUGAUUUAACUAUUUCUCUGCUCGACACCAAGCUUCACUAAUAAUGUCUUCACCCUCAGAAGCCCUCUUGCAAAAGCUACAUCAGUUCUUGGACUGACAGAUCCCAGACUCUGCUACUUACUGGAUGGAUUCCUCUUCCUCUACGCAGUCGUCAUGACAGCGUUGUUUGUGAAAGCCAAGCUUAGCCAGGCCUCUGAACCUCAGCUGAGACCAGGCCAGGAUGACACGUACAAUAAGCUGACUCGUGGGCACCGAGAUGACUACGAUGUUCUGGGGGCGAAGCGAGGUGCAGACCCUGAGCUGGGCGGGAGACACCAGCAGAGAAGAAAGAAUCCCCAGGAAACUGUCUACAGUGCACUGCAGAAGGACAAGAUGGGUGAGGCAUACAGUGAAAUUGGAAUGAAGGGAGAGCAGCAGAGGCGGCGAGGCAAAGGCAAUGAAGGUGUCUACCAGGGACUCAGUGCAGCCACCAAGGACACUUAUGAUGCUCUUCAAAUGCAGGCUUUGCCCCCCCGCUAAGUGGGAGUCACAGAGGGGAUGGGCAAGAAGGAGAGAUGCCCACAGGCUCUGGGGGGCAGAGGAGGGGAAGCCUUUUUCAUCCCACACAAGCACUGUGUGUUUUCUCUGUGCAAUAACCUGCUUUGGUUGGUGCACAGAGGGAGCGUGUCUGGGGUUGUCCAGUCCCUUCUCCCUUUCCUCCUGAAUCAUGCAACUGCAAGCUUUUGCUAUUAAAAUGUACAUAUCUGUAAAGUUGUUUCCAGUAAUAGUCGUUA